CCACUAGUAGUUGUGACAGGCAGCAAGAGACUUUUGAAAGAUCUCAACACACAGCAAAAGAAAACUAGGUAAAGAGAGAGCUGUUGAGUUGUUUCUUUGGUGUGUAGAUGGAAACAGAGAAGAACAGUAAGGAGCUAGGGCUUAACCACCUAGGGUUCGUGAGAGUUGCAGCGAUCCAAGUUCUUGUUACCCUCUCAAAUCUCUACGACUACGCAAAACAAAACUCCGGUCCUCUUAAACCGGCCGUCGGAAAGGUGGAAGGCGUCGUCACCACAGUGGUCACACCUGUCUACAACAAAUUCAAAGAUGUUCCAGAUACUCUCCUCCUCUUUCUUGAUCACAAGGUUGGUGAAGUUUCGAACAAGUUUGAUAAGCAUGCUCCUCCAAUGGCUAAGCAAGUAGUAAGUCAAGCAAAGGUGUUGAUCCAGACAACUACAGAGAAGGCUCAAAGCUUUGUGAAAGAGGCUCGUACCGGUGGUCCUAAAGCUGCCUUUAACUAUGCUGCAACUGAGUACAAGUACUUCGUUGUGACCAGCUCGGUUAAAGUCUGGGCUAAACUCAACCAGUACAAACCGAUUCAUGCUGUGGGAAACAAAGCUUUGCCCCUGGCUGCAAACUUGUGUGGUAGGUACAAUGAUUUGGUGACUGACAUGACAAAGAAGGGUUACCCUGUGGUUGGUUAUCUUCCUUUGGUUCCUGUUGAUGACAUUGUCAAGGCUUAUGAAAAGGAACAAGAUGCAGCGCAAAAGAAAGGAGAUACUACCACUGCUUCUGAUGGAAACAAAUCGUUGUCGUCGUCUGAGUCGUCGUCUGAUUCGGACACCGAUUGAAACAUUUGUGAAUUUUGUAGUCUUUGGAGUCUGGCUUGUUGGGUUGGGAAACUUGUGUAAAUGAUCACAGAACUUGGUUUGUAGCUUUAGCAAGUGUUUCAUUUCUUGUUGGUGUAAAAUUGUGAUUCGUGUGUUUUAUGUGUUAUCAAGAAUCUAAUCUAUUAAGCAACAAA